UGAAUUCGUUAACGAAAUGAUACAUAUGAGUUUGUAUGACAUAUGAGUUUGUUUCAUUUGCUAGCGUUACAGCUGUUGCUUGGUGGGUGGCUAGCUUGUUAGCAGGCUAACUGAAGAGCUCUUGUUUGUCAACAAUACUAAUAAUCUGUUAAGAGCUCAUUGUUGAUACACUUAACCUACAACAUAACUUCAGUCAGAAAACAGGUAGACAUCGUAUAGUAGCUGUUGUCUUUAAGAGAUGAGAAAGUAAAGGGCUGAUGUUAAUUUUCUCUCUAGUUUUCACAGUUUAUUCUCUUGACUGAAUUGACAGUGUUAUCUCAUGGGGUGUGUCACUUCAGCUGAGCUUUGCUGCUGGCAGGACAUGAUCUGUUGUGAAACAGCUGAAGCGAAAGCUCUGACAGAAUUUCAUGUUGUCCUUUUCUGUUCUUUAUGUUGCUUCCACAGCUCUGUAAGCCCUGGAUGAUAGCUGGACCUGAACCUUGUGCUGUGAAUGAUGUUAAGAGGUUUUCCAGUUGCAUCACCUGACCCCUCCUGGUCCAUUUAAUCUUCUGUGUAUACAAAUCCGCCCCAAACCCGAAUACUACAUCUCUGCUUGGCAACAGUAUGAUCGUUCACGCUGACCCCACCCAGCCCACUGGGACAAAUAUCCCCCAAAACCAAGCCUGUCAAAUGAUAUGAUAGUAGCCGCCUGGAUCACUUUCUGUGCCUGCAGGAACCUUGCAAGGGUUCUGCUCUUCCUUUCCUCCUCAAACUCCCUUCCUCCAUUCUGGGAGACCUUUGCCAGUGUGGUCACCGGCACUGGAACCAUGGGUAACAGCUGUGUGUGCCGGGAGGAUAGUGACUUAGAGGAUCAUCACCAUGGGUCGUCAAGGGCGGCCCGAGGACAAGCUAGGCGGGUGGAUCACGGUACAAGUGUAGGUGUCGAUACAGUAGAGGCCCGUAGCAGUCGUCCCAGGGACCCGGUCAGGCCACCACGAAGAGGUCGAGGGCCCCAUGAGCCACGACGGAAGAAGCAGAAUAUGGAUGGCCUUGUGCUGGACACGCUGGCUGUCAUCAGGACACUUGUAGACAAUGACCAAGAGCCCCCUUACUCCAUGAUCACUUUGCACGAGAUGGCAGAGACAGAUGAUGGUUGGCUGGAGGUUGUCCAGUCUCUGAUUCGAGUGAUCCCACUGGACGAUCCGCUCGGCCCUGCAGUAAUCACCCUCCUAUUGGAUGAGUGUCCCUUGCCCACCAAGGAUGCUCUGCAGAAACUCUCUGACAUGUUAAGUCUGAGUUCGGCUGUAGCGCGACAGGAUGCUCUGAACCCUGCUAAACACAGAAACACCACAGCUGUGCUAGGAUGCCUGGCAGAGAAACUGGCUGGACCAGCCAGUAUUGGACUGUUGAGCCAGGGAACCCUGGAGUACCUUCUGGAGAGCCUGAGCUCUGAGGCCCACCCCACUGUCAUGCUGUUUGCUCUGAUUGCCUUGGAGAAGUUCUCCCAAACCAGUGAGAACAAACUAACGGUGUCCGAGUCUUGUAUCAGCAAUCGACUGGCUGUCCUGGAGUCAUGGGCAGAGCAUCCCGACUACCUGAAGAGGCAGGUGGGAUUCUGCUCACAGUGGAGCCUUGACAACCUGUUCCUAAAGGAUGGUCGUCAAUUCACCUAUGAGAAAGUCAACCUCAACAAUAUCAAUGCCAUGCUCAACAGCAACGAUGUCAGUGAGUACCUCAAGAUCUCCCCCAGUGGACUAGAGGCACGAUGUGACGCCUCGUCCUUUGAGAGCGUGCGUUGCACAUUCUGCGUGGAUUCGGGCGUUUGGUACUACGAGGUGACGGUGAUUACGUCAGGCGUGAUGCAAAUCGGAUGGGCCACCAAGGACAGCAAGUUCCUCAACCAUGAGGGUUACGGGAUUGGAGAUGAUGAAUACUCAUGUGCGUAUGAUGGCUGCAGGCAGCUCAUCUGGUACAACGCUCGCAGUAAACCUCACUCUCACCCCUGCUGGAAGGAAGGAGACGCCAUCGGCUUCCUGCUGGACCUAAGCAAGAAGCAGAUGAUCUUCUAUUUGAAUGGACAUCAGCUGCCGCCAGAGAAACAGGUCUUCUCCUCGGCCACGUCUGGUUUCUUUGCGGCAGCCAGCUUUAUGUCUUACCAGCAGUGUGAGUUUAACUUUGGGGCCAAGCCUUUCCGCCACCCACCUUCAGUCAAGUUCAGCACCUUCAACGACUUCGCUUCACUGCUGCCCAGUGAAAAGAUCAUCCUACCCAGACACCGGCGUCUGGCCUUACUAAAACAGGUUAGCAUCCGAGACAACUGCUGCACGCUGUGUUGUGAUGUCAUGGCUGACACAGAGCUGCGGCCCUGUGGACAUGGUGGUAUGUGUAUGGAGUGUGCCUUACAGUUAGAGACGUGCCCCCUGUGCCGCCAAGACAUCCAGACCCGAGUCAGACUCAUUGCACAUGUCUCCUGACACACUUCCUGCCCCUUCUCCAGUAGGGAGAGACACACAAGCCCUACAGCCUCCUCCUCUAAUCCCCUCUCGGCCAGCAGGGCUGCAAGGAUGGCGCCACGGCGUUGUGAUAACCCCAGAUCUCACAGUUCUGGUCAGAGGAAGCGACGAUGGAGGGGUUAAAGAGCAGAAAGAGAGGAGAUGAGAGGAGGGGGAAAUAAAAACCACAGCUGGAUCACCGAGAGCUUUUUUUUCCUCAUUUACUUGCACCUCCUCUUUUUGUAUCCUUCUGACAACUCACUGCAGAAGCUGGGCCAAGAAUCAUCAACUUUCUUCUACCAGUGUGUUUUUCAGACAAGAGCAGAAACAAUUACCAGAAUAACCAGAUCACAGACAGAACCGACUUCUCAUCUGAAAGCCCUCGUGUAGAGUCAUCAAACCUCCUUUCAGAAACGAGGACCCGCUGCGCUUUCAGUACAGAGCCUACUACUAAUCCCACCACUUGUCAUGCACAUGUCUGCGGAUCCGAAAUGGCUGGGUAGCAGGAAAGAGCACAGCCUGUAGUGCAGUAUUAAGCCCAAGGUACAGAUAAAUUUGAGAUGUAUCUCACUUUGAUAUUUUUAGGUGUAGAUAUGCGAUUUAUGUUGUUCCUGAGGUAGCAUUUUCAUUGUCUUUGCUCAAUGUUGUGCCAACGCUUUGGUCACUGUCUGCACUGAUUGAUCAUAUCCUGGAAGGGAUUUCAAUCAGGAAAAAAACACCUGUGGUUGAAAUGUUGGAUUUUGUUGUUGGUGUCAGUUUAGGGCCUAUUGAAAGUGUCAGAAAGCAAAAAAAAAAAAAAUUGCAGGAUUAUAUCUAGAGCUCAGUUUUCUGAUUCAGUUUACAUAAACAAAUAUUAAAGAUAACAUCAAAUCAUAACAGAGAAAAUUUAUGACACAAGUCUUGUCUUACAACAAAUGGAAUACUUGAAUCAGUAUUGAGAAUUGUGAUUUUCAGCAAGGCCAGCCCUGCUGCUGCUUGUGCUUUAUUUAAAGUUUUUGCUCAGAUUUUUGGUUUUUCCUUCAGUCUCAGUCAUGUAUUUAACCGCCGCAGCAAAUAAAAUAAGCAAGGGUGAAAAUUCACAAGACAUUCAUCUGUACCGUAUCACCUUUUUCCAAACUAUGUUGUGCAUAAGCUUGAAGAGCCAGUGAGGGAGAAAAGUUGUACAAUUGAAUUGGGAUUGCAUAAUUGCUUUUAACAAUUAAGCAAACCUUAUAAUGCGGGUCCACCAUCAGUAAGGCUCAUUUGGAGUAAAUAUGUCUUAAUUUUUUGUUUGUGGUGACAAACUUGAGCGUCUGUAUUAAGACGGCAACUUUUGGAUCCACCAGAUAUGAUUUAAGAUUGUGUUAUAGAUGAUGGUGAGUGCUGAUGUGUUGUGGCGUGGACGUACAACACAUUCUGUUGAUGGACAGUGUUGUAUCAGGUGAUCAGUAAAUUGUGUAAAACAAAUGUGAAAUGUUAAAGUGAAUCCUGUUUUUCCUCUAUAUCAGUUUACUAAAUAUCCCAGGGUCCUCCUCAGGAUGAUGAUGAUGAUGAUGAUGAUGAUGUUCUGGGUCUGAUUGGGCAGUGAAAUACUUGACCUAAAUUAGCAAAGAAACUACCCACCGUACAGUGGGAUUACAUGUGCAUUUAUGUUUCACCUGCCACAAAUCACAGCACUCUUAGUGGGAUUGUUUGCAUACAGAACUAACAGGAAGUGUCCUGUAGCUUCCAGGUUUUCAGUAAGUGAGACUGGUUCAGACUGAGUAACGUGUGGUUUCCCCUCGUCCUGCUUUAUAUAACAACAAUAGCACAUAUCUGCUCUCAUUUCGCCUUUUCUCCAUCUUUCUCCCCUCUGUCCCCAUGACAACCUUCAUGGACUUUCUGUUGUUCUGUCCAUCCCUUACUUGAAGCAUCUCUGGGUUGACUGAUUAUAUUUUCAUUUUGGACACACGUGGUGAAUCAAACAUACAAACAAGAUUGUGAUUCAAGAAAAAUUCUAUUCAUACAACUUUAAAAAGACAUUUAAAAUUAUAACACUGAAUGAUUUUGAAUUUAUUAUAGGUCAAGUCGUUUAUGAAAAAAAUCCAGAAGAGUUCCUACUCAACCAAAUUGCAUGAACUGGAUCUAUAAAAAUCAUUCAGACCAUUGUGGAAUGAUUUCUGAAGAAAACAUGCGUCUCAGUAUGACUAAAGACUGGUGUGGUCACUGUUUGCUACCUUGUAUUACCUGGAGCACCUUAUACAUGCAGGUGAGAGAAAUUAUGAGAUGUCUCUGUGCUUAGAGAUGAAGUUCAGGAUUGUAAAGAAUACGUUUUGUGAGUUGUAUUUAAAACAUCUAUAAAGGAAUUUGCCCCAGAGUUCCCAAAGAUGUGAUUUAUUAUUAAGAAUUGUUGUUUCUUGGUUUGUGAUAUUUGUAAUAAAUGUAUGUUC